UUAACCAGAAAAUCUUCCCGCCACACAAAAAAGCGGUUGCACCUUGGUAGUUGAUACUCUCCAGUUGUCAAAUCUCUCAGCUUCUUCUAAGGGUCUCAAAGCCAUGGCCCUAAUCUCCACACAAACCCUAACCCUGAAAUCCCCUCUUAACCUUUCUCUUCCUUCUCAUCCAUCUUCCCAAUCUUUCUCACUCUCACCAUCCACUCCUCACUCCUCACCACCAACAGCACGGUUUAGUGCUAGACGACUUGGCCUUUCCAGAGCCACCACAUCCUCUGCUUUGGAUUUCAGCCCCAGCAUCGGUGAGGUCCUCGGUGAAGUUGGUAUCUUCACCGCUGCUGGUGAUCCCGUCCGGUUCAACGAUCUAUUGGAUCAAAACGAGGGGAUAGUUGUUGUUGCGCUAUUGAGGCACUUUGGAUGCGUUUGCUGUUGGGAACUUGCUUCAGCUCUAAAAGAAUCAAAAGCUAGAUUUGACUCAGCUGGUGUGAAACUAAUCGCGGUCGGUGUUGGCACUCCUGAUAAAGCUCGCAUCCUUGCAGAACGGUUACCAUUUCCCAUGGAUUCCCUUUAUGCCGAUCCUGAUCGUAAGGCAUAUGAUGUUUUGGGCUUAUACUUUGGAUUGGGUCGAACAUUCUUCAAUCCAGCUAGUGCAAAGGUGUUCUCAAGAAUUGAGGCCCUGCAGAAAGCUUUAAAGAACUAUACGAUUAAAGCCACUCCAGAUGAUAUAAAUAGUGUGUUACAACAGGGUGGGAUGUUCGUCUUCAAAGGGAAGCAGUUAUUGUAUGCUCGGAAAGACGAAGGGACAGGUGAUCAUGCCCCAUUAGAUGAUAUCUUUGAUGUUUGUUGCAAAGUUCCUGUCUCUUGAAACUGUAUCAUCGAUCUAUAGAUUUUUCAGGGGUUUGAUAUUGAAAUUUGACCCAACCUUUCAUUAUUGUAGUAAGAAAACCUAUAUGUAUAGCUGAUCUUCAUUGUAUGUUUGAAUGUAUAUACAGCAUGUUUAUUUAUUUGCAUUGGCAAGCUUGAAAGAGAAAAUUCUUCAUACGAAAUGGAGUAUAUUAGUGCCAGGAUGAUUUGUACAUUUGAGCAAAUAAUAGAAGUAUAUAGCUGAAUUUACCGA